AUGGACGGUCAGAUCGACGAUGAAUUAUUCCCCACAAAUUCUCACCAUAGCCGCAAUUUCCGCUCUUACUCUGAGAAGUUUACUGUCAAUUCCGAUGACGACGACGAAGAUGAAGUUAGAAACAAUACUAACACCACGAGAUUCAGCCAUGAUGAAGCCUCGUCAAAUCACCAAAAAACCCCGAAAGUUUUCGACCGGUUUUACAACUCAUCCUCAUCUGAGGAUGAGGAUGAUGGCGUCAGCGGAUCAUCGCAGAAUGAUUCUGUUCAGAAACGGCUGGAUUACAUGAUCCAAUUUCUUGAUAGGAAGCUUUCUUCUUCGUCAUCACCGGAUACUAGUAAGAACAAGCCGUUGCCGGAGUUUAUUGGGACCGGUGGGGGGAGUGGAGUGUUUAAGCCGCCGUUGAGGGCCCCUGUGCACCCGGGCCGGCCGCCAAGUCUGGAGAUAAGGCCACACCCGUCGAGAGAAACCCAAGUGGGGUGUUUUUUGAGGAACAUUGUUUGUGUAAAUGAUGAUAGUGGACCGCAGUUAUGGGCUGGUUCGGAGUGUGGAAUCCGUGUUUGGGAUUUGAAGAAUGAGAUAUAUGGUUGUGGGGCGGAGGAAGGGGAGGAGGAGGGGACGGUGAGGUAUUGGGUGUCUGUACAGUGCCCAGCCACGAUGUGUGUGGUUGGGGAUGCUGGGAAUAGAGUUGUGUGGAGUGGGCAUAAAGAUGGGAGGAUUAGGUGUUGGAAGAUGAUGGAUUUUAAUGGAAAUGGGAAUGAUACUGGUAAUAGAAGUGGGUUCAAAGAGGCACUCUCAUGGCAGGCGCAUCGUGGGCCGGUUCUCUCCAUGACCAUGACGUAUUAUGGGGACUUAUGGUCGGGAUCUGAGGGUGGUGCAAUUAAGGUCUGGCCUUGGGAAGCUAUUGAAAAAUCCCUCUCCCUAACAAUUGGAGAAAGGCAUAUGGCUGCUUUACUAGUAGAGAGGUCAUAUAUUGAUCUGAGGAGCCAAGCUGCACUAAAUGGUGUUGGUUCCUGUAAUAACAUGUUCACUUCAGAUGUCAAGUUUAUGAUAUCAGAUUAUUGUGGAGCAAAGGUCUGGAGUGCUGGCUAUAUGUCAUUUGCAAUGUGGGAUGCUCGAACAAGGGAAUUCCUGAAACUGUUCAACAUAGAUGGUCAGAUUGAAAACAUGUCAUCAAUGCAAGAUUCUCUAAUGGAGGAAGAAGUGAGAAUGAAGUUUGUAUCUGGUUUGAAGGAGAAGCCACAAAACUCGUUCAAUUUUUUUCAGCGUUCCCGUAAUGCCAUAUUAGGAGCAGCAGAUGCUGUUCGCCGAGUUGCAGCAAAAGGAGCUUUUGGAGAUGAUAAUCGACGAACUGAAGCAUUGGUCACUACAAUUGAUGGAAUGGUUUGGACUGGAUUCUCAAAUGGAUUACUUGUGCAGUGGGACGGAAAUGGCAAUCGCUUGCAAGAAUUCCAGUAUCUUCCUUUUGCUGUUCAGUGCCUUUGCACAUUUGGGUCACGAAUAUGCGUAGGUUAUGUAAGUGGGCACAUGCAAGUGUUGGAUCUAACCGGCAAUUUACUUGGAGGAUGGGUGGCUCAUAGUAGUACGUUGAUAGAUUUAGCUGUUGGAGCUGGUUAUGUUUUCACCUUGGCUAACCAUGGUGGUAUACGUGGAUGGAGCAUUACUACUCCUGGACCACUUGAUAAUAUACUGCGUUCAGAGUUGGCUGGGAAGGAGUUUUUGUAUACCAGGCUGGAGAAUUUGAAAAUAUUGGCUGGAACAUGGAAUGUUGGACAAGGAAGAGCAUCUCCUGAUUCCCUUAUAUCAUGGCUAGGUUCUGCAGCUGCAGACAUUGAUAUCGUCGUCGUCGGGUUGCAGGAAGUAGAAAUGGGUGCUGGUUUUCUAGCAGUGUCUGCUGCUAAAGAAACUAUGGGUCUUGAGGGUAGUGCUGCAGGGCAGUGGUGGAUAGACAUGAUAGGGAAAACCUUGGAUGAAGGGGCUACUUUUUCACGCGUUGGCUCCAGACAGUUGGCAGGCUUGCUUAUCGCUGUGUGGGUUAGAGUCAAUAUUCGAGGCCAUGUUGGAGAUAUUGAUGUUGCAGCAGUUCCUUGUGGUCUGGGGCGUGCUAUUGGUAAUAAGGGAGCGGUUGGUUUGAGAAUGAGAGUGUAUGAUCGGGUAAUGUGCUUUGUGAACUGUCACUUUGCUGCACACUUAGAGGCUGUUAGCCGCCGAAAUGCUGAUUUUGAUCACGUAUAUCAAACAAUGGUCUUUAGUCGACCGUCUAACCUUUUUAAUGCUGCUGCUGCUGGCGUAUCAUCUGCGAUUCAUAUGCUACGCAGUACAAAUGCUAUGGCUAUUAAUCCCGUUGAUGGGAUACCAGAGCUUUCUGAGGCGGACAUGGUUGUAUUCCUGGGAGACUUUAACUAUCGGCUCGACAGUAUAUCUUAUGAUGAAGCAAGGGAUUUUGUUUCUCAAAGAUGCUUUGACUGGCUUAGAGAGAAAGAUCAGUUACGAGCUGAAAUGAAAGCUGGAAAUGUCUUCCAAGGGAUGCGGGAAGCUAUUAUCAGAUUUCCUCCAACAUACAAAUUUGAAAGACACCAAACUGGUUUAGCAGGGUAUGAUUCUGGUGAAAAGAAGCGAAUUCCUGCCUGGUGUGACAGAAUUUUGUAUCGUGAUAGCCGUUCAGCUUCAGUAUCUACAUGCAGCUUGGACUGUCCUGUAGUAUCUUCAAUUUUGCAGUAUGAAGCUUGCAUGGAUGUGACAGAUAGUGACCACAAGCCUGUCCGUUGUAUUUUCAAUGUGGAGGUUGCCCGAGUCGAUGAGUCAGUGAGAAGACAAGAGUUUGGUGAAAUCGUUAGAUCAAACAAGAAAAUCAAGCAUCUGCUUGAAGAAUUAUCUGAAGUUCCAGAAUCAAUUGUUAGCACUAACAAUAUAAUCCUACAGAAUCAGGAUACAUCUGUAUUGCGCAUCUCAAAUAAAUCUGGGAAAGACAUAGCUAUGUUCGAAAUAAUUUGUGAAGGUCAGUCUGCCAUCAAUGAGGAUGGACAAGCAUUUGAUCAUCGUACAAGAGGUUCUUUUGGCUUCCCCAGGUGGCUUCAGGUCAAUCCGGCAACAGGAAUAAUCAAACCGGGUCAUAUUGCUGAGAUUUCAGUCUGCUAUGAGGAAUACCAAACGCUGGAGGAAUUUGUGGAUGGUGUUCCACAAAACAGUUGGUGCGAAGAUGCCAGGGACAAGGAAGUCAUUUUGGUGGUUAAAAUACACGGAAACUUCUCAACAGAGACGAUAGAUCACCGUGUUCGUGUACGCUACAGCAUUUCUGGCAAGCUCAUGCCUAAGGAUACUAAAUCCAACAGCUUCAAUCGCUACCAAGCAAAUGUCCUUCACCGGUCUGAUAUUCAAAGGCUCAGCAGUUCCUGUGAUGUAGUUGACCAGUUAAGACAUUUACAUACUCCUUGA